GUUUUACAAGCUUGAUGUUGCUGUAUUUUAUUUGAUUGUGACCUUUCUGAUUUAACUCUGUUUACCUUCAUCAUCUUCAGUAACAGUUUCUUGUUUUGGCGAUGGAUGAAUUUGUUUGCAUGCUAUUGAUUGAGUGGGGCCUGGAGGACUGGAUAGAAACAUUUAGAGAUCAAGGCGUUGACAUGAAAUAUCUGUUCGAGCUUGAGGAUCAAGACAUUAAAGAAUUGAUUUCCAAAGUGGGCCCAAGAUCACAUUUCAGAAAACAACUGAAGCAGCUAAAGGAAGAACAAAACGCAAUUCCGGGGACAUACCCAUUCCCUGUACAAACUAAACAGGUGCAGCAAAACACAACUGAUGAGGCUGAGGCACUACCAUCCACGAGUGAGGUGAGAGAUUUAAAAAAACUAAAGCGGAAGCUGGAUGAGGAGGAGUCUGACGAAGGGCGGCGAACAGCAAAACGGCCUCGCAGGAGUGUGCCAAAAUCUUCUCCAGAACUAAUGAUACUUUCUGAGGUGAAAAAUGUAAUGACACACGUUCUUGCUAAACUACGAAGUGAAGAAAAAACAAAGCUGAAUGAAUUCCUGAGGAAUAAAAUCAGAGACCUGGAGACAGACAAGAGAGAACUGGUUGGUGUUUUUGGUGAAACUGGAGCUGGAAAGACCUCUUUGAUAAAUGCUGUCAUUGAAGAGAGGACACUUUUGCCUUCUGGAGACAUUGCUGCAUGCACUUCAGUCAUGAUUAAAGUGGAGGCAAACAUGUCCAACACAAACUAUGAGGCACACAUAGAAUUUAUCACAAAAGAGGAGUGGAAGGACGAGCUGUGGUCAAUAAAUCAGUAUCAUGGAGAUACUGCAGAGCAAACAGAUGAUGAUGAUUAUCAAGAUGUUGCUGAAAAGAUGUCAGCAUUUUAUGGAGAAGAAUGGGAAAAUAAAUCCUAUGAACAGCUCAUGGACAACAAAAACUUCAAAGAAAUUCCAGAAUUUCUUCAAUCCACAACAAAGAUACUGGCAUGUGAAACAGCAAUGGAAUUAUCUGCUAAAAUAAUUAAAUACACAAGAACUGAUUCAAACCACGGGGCAUGUAAUGGCAUAAAGAGGUGGUAUUGGCCACUUGUGAAAUGUGUAACUGUCAGGGUGCCACAUAACAGUUUUCUCCAGCAUGUCACUCUUGUGGACCUACCUGGAAAUGGGGACCGUAACAAGAGCAGAGAUGCCAUGUGGAAAAGGAUUGUAGGACAAUGUUCCACCGUCUGGAUUGUGACAGAAAUCAAACGAGCAGCAACUGACAAAGAAUCCUGGGAGAUCUUGAAAAGUGUCAGUAGCCUCAUUGGAAAUGGUGGCGAGUGCAGUUCUAUUCACUUUAUCUGCACAAAGUCUGACAUAAUUGGAUAUUCACCUGAUCACUCAGCGGAUGCUCAGGCCUCAAUCCUUGAAAGAAACACGGCUGCAAAAGAAGCAGUGAGAAAACAAUUCGACAAGCUAAACAAGACUAAGAUACAUUUCAGUGAUGACUGCUUCAAAGUGUUCACAGUGAGCUCCAAGGAGUUUCUGAAACAAACGGUUCUAAGUGAAGAGAAUACUGAAAUCCCCAAGCUUCAAGAUGUUUUGCAAAAGCUCAAUGACCGUCACUCUGAGACGCUGAACUAUGUUUCUGGAGCUCAUGGGAUUCUGUCUUUGAUUCAAGGAGCCAAGUUGACAAAAGUACCUGAAAAUAACGAAGAUGUAUACAAAGAGCUUGAGAGGAACAUGGUCCUUCAUCUUGACACAGUCAAAAAAGCGAUGGGAGAAGCCUGCCAAGUUUUUGAAAGACACCUUUCUGAAGGAGUUGAAAAGUCCAAAAGAGAAUGUGAAAAAAUGUUGCAUAACUUCUUAUUUUGGGGAAAGAAUGGUGGAGGAUUUCACAGAACGUUAAAGAGUGUUGUUAAACAUGGUGGAGUCCACAAAACUCAAAAGGGAAAAGAAAUAAACCUCAACAGGAAACUCACUUCGUUCCUGACUGACAGCAUUGAUGAGGAAUUCAGGAAGACCUUCCCAAAUGAACGAAAAGGUGGUCCAUUUAAUGGUACCCUUAACAAGUUUUCACUUGGCACUGAAAGUCUGAAGCAGAAGUACAAAGAUGUGGAACUGCAGCUGAGAUUUCUUAAGACCGAGGAGGAUAACAUUAAGGUUAAGCUGAACGCAAGGAUUAGAGACCAAAAGAAGAUAAUUUACAACAGUCUGACAAAGACAAUUGAGGAACUCAUGGAAGAGUGCUACAAGACGGCAGCAGGGUUCUCCGGUUCUGGUAUGCUGGAAAAAAUGAGAGAAACACUAACAAAACAUGUCCAUGAAUCAAAGGACACCAUGUUCAUGAAGGCUAAAGAUGUCAUGAUGAACCACUUCCAGAGCUUAAGGGGGGAGAUCCUGGAAACAGUGAAGGACACUUUAAAAACAUCCAUUGACCUCUCCCUCAGGACAGACAGCUGCUCAAUUCUAGAUGUAUCAACAGAGCUUGUGAUGGUGCAGAAAAUCUACAAUGAUCUGGAAAACAGCUCAGAUUAGGAAAACUUAUGAAAAGGCUUCCCAGAAGAAGACAUGAAAAAGGGUCACCAUGAUGAAUACUGAGCAAGCUUUGAUUCAUGAUUAUUAUUGAUGUAAAACUAAUUUACUACUAUUGUUAUAUCUUUCUGGUCUCUGACCCAUUUUGUGUGAAAUAAAAGUUUAUUUAGAAGUCUUGAUAGUUAUUGCAAAAAGCUUUCUUUUUUUACUUUAUUUUAAAGGGCUUGAGUUUUUAUUAUUUUUGUUUGGCAACAGAAUUCUGCUUGUUAGAAAAAAAAGACCCCAAAAGAUUUAAGAUUCAAAAAAGGAACAUGAGGUGAACGAAAUUGGAUUCCCUGGUCCUGGUAUAAUCCCGGUGAGAAGUAAAACAAAACAAGAUAAAGAAAAGUUUAUAUACAGAAACAGCAAUGUGCAAUAUAGUAUAUAUACAGAAUGGAACGUUGUGCAAGGAGAGUCUGUGCAGACAGCUGCAAUAUGAUGUGUAUAUGUGUGUAAAAGUAUCCUGGUUGAAAUAAACCAGAGUUUUAUAUUGGGAGUCAGAAAUCUAUAACUGUGUAAUGAAAAUAAUAGAGAUAAUUUUAGCUAUUAAUUAUGUUUUUAUUUUUACUUGUUUG